GUGCGCGCGGCGUCACGCGCUACGUCCUUACCCUGGGCGGGAACAGCAAAAUGGCGCCAGAACUAGUGGCGGGCUGAGGACGCUGGCUCCCCUCGAAGACGGCCCUGCGGUCUCCGGGCCGCCCCGGCCCCUUCCGGACAUGGAGGACGUGGAGGCGCGCUUCGCCCAUCUACUGCAGCCCAUCCGCGACCUCACUAAGAACUGGGAGGUGGACGUGGCGGCCCAGCUGGGAGAAUAUCUAGAGGAGCUGGACCAGAUCUGCAUUUCUUUUGAUGAAGGAAAAACCACCAUGAACUUCAUCGAGGCAGCGCUGCUGAUCCAGGGCUCUGCCUGUGUCUACAGUAAGAAGGUGGAGUACCUGUACUCGCUGGUCUACCAGGCUCUCGAUUUCAUCUCUGGCAAGAAGCGGGCCAAGCAGCUGUCCUCAGUGCGGGAACAGGGGGCGGAUGGGGACGCCAGUGCCGAGGCCCCCCAGGAGGCGGACGACCAGUUCCUGUCGCUAGAUGACCUCCCUGACUCCCGCGCUAAUGUGGAUCUGAGGAACGACCUGCCUCCCCGUGAGAUCCUCAUCGUCCCUCUCCUGCCCAUGGCCCUUGUGGCCCCUGAUGAGAUGGAGAAGAAUGUUAGCCCCCUGUACAGCUGUCAGGGGGAGGUCCUGGCCAGCCGGAAGGAUUUUAGGAUGAACACAUGCACCGCCCACCCCAGAGGAGCCUUCAUGUUGGAGCCGGUGGGCAUAUCCCCAACGGAGACACUGCUGCCAAGGAACCAGAAGGAGGCUGAGGGGGCUGAGGAGCAGCCAAUGGAAGUCUGUGUGUGCAGUUCCGUCCCUGCGCUCAGCGCCUCCCAGGAGCCAGGUACCUCUCCGGAAGGCCCGCUGCCUGGAGGUGGGGAGGAGGAUGAGGACGCAGAUGGGGCAGUGGAGCUCCCUGAGCCCAUGGCCCCUGACGUCCCUCCAGAGCCCCAGGAGCCCAGGAGCCCGCAGCAGAGUGCUGCCCAGCCCAGCAGGUGUGUGCUGCGGGAGCGACGGGAGCCUAUGUCCCUGCUGAAGGAGACCCCAGACCCCUGGCAGAGCCUGGACCCCUUUGACUCCCUGGACGCCAAGCCCUUCAAGAAAGGUAGGCCCUACUCUGUGCCCCCCUGUGUGGAGGAGGUUCCAGGACAGAAGCGCAAGAGGAAGGGUGUCGCCAAGCUGCAGGACUUCCACCAGUGGUACCUGGCUGCUUAUGCCGAGCACGCUGACAGCAGGAGGCCCCGGCGAAAGGGCCCGUCCUUUGCAGACAUGGAAGUCCUGUACUGGAAGCACGUGAAGGAGCAGCUGGAGACCCUCCGGAAGCUGCAGAGGAGGGAGAUGGCGGAGCGGUGGCUGCCGAGGCCUGAGGAGGGGCUGUGGCCUGUGGAAGAGGACCGCCUGGAGGAUUCCCUGGAGGAUCUGGGGGCGGCAGAUGACUUUCUAGAGCCUGAGGAGUAUGCAGAGCCUCAGGAGGCAAAGCCUGGGGAAGCCGCAGACCUGGAAGCAGAGGCCGUGCCGGCAUCCCUGAGCUAUGAGGAGCUGGUCCGCAGGAAUGUGGAGCUCUUCAUCGCCACGUCUCAGAAGUUCGUGCAGGAGACGGAGCUGAGUGAGCGCAUCAGGCACUGGGAGGACACCAUCCAGCCGCUGCUCCAGGAGCAGGAACAGCACGUGCCCUUUGACAUCCACACCUAUGGGGACCAGGUGGUCUCAAGGUUCAGCCAGCUCAACCAGUGGUGUCCCUUUGCGGAGCUAGUAGCUGGCCAACCUGCCUUCGAGGUGUGUCGCUCCAUGUUGGCCUCCCUGCAGCUGGCCAACGACCACACAGUGGAGAUCACCCAGCAGCCGGGGCUGGAGGCAGCUGUGGACACCAUGUCCCUGAGACUACUCACCCACCAGCGGGCCCACAAGCGCUUCCAGACUUACGCUGCCCCCUCCAUGGCCCAGCCUUGAGUGGGGGGCAUUGACGCUGACGGGUGGGCUCUGGAGCCCUGUCCCCCGCAGGUGCUGGGCAUCGCGUCUGCUCACUCGACCCUCGUUUCCUGGCUGGCCCAGCCCAAUAAAAUGGUGUUGCCAUCCCACUUAGUCUUAAAAAACACUCCUGCGCCAUGCAGGCAAAGGGCUGCGCUUCCCUGCCGUGGCCUCCCGGGGCCACCGACGACGCAGACCACAGGCACACAGCUCCAUCACACCCUCUUUAAUGACCUGGUUCAGUGCAGGACGCUGCGGAAGGCAGCCAUGUGGCGCCUCACGCUGUCUGCGAUCUGCUCUGCUGAUCUGGCCCGGCUGUAGUAGUCCGUGAAGAGGCCGUCAGGGCUGAGCAGGUAGAUGGCAAUGGAGUGGUCCACGAUGUAAUCCUGGUCCUCGUCCUUGGGGCCCGCGCUGUAGUACACGCGGUAGCUGCGGCUCACUUGGGCCACCUGCUCAGCAGAACCGGUCAGGCCCAGCAACCGUGGGUGGAAGUCCUGUACGUAGCGGGCCAUGGCUGCGACAGUGUCCCGCUCGGGGUCCACAGUAAUGAAGACAGGCUGCACCGGGGGCAGGCCGGGCUCAGCCUCCAGCUGCCGUACCACCUGCACCAACUUCUCCAGCUCGUCUGGGCAGAUGUCGGGGCAGUGAGUGAACCCAAAGUACAGCAGCACCCACUGACCCCGGAAGUCGGCUUUGCAGCGAGCCCGUCCGUGGUGGUCCAGCAGGCUGAAGUCCCCCUGGCCCACAGCCGCCUGGCGCAGGGCCUCUGUCCGCUGUUGCUGCCGCCGCUGCUCCUUCUCGGCCCUGGCAGCCAGCCAGGCGCCACCCAGCCCAGCCCCAAACAAGGCGGUGAUCAACAGCCUAGUUCCAAGCCCAGGGCCCUGGGGCCGGCUCUGCCUGCCUGUGUCUCCAGGGCCCUGCCUUGACAGGAGCCGACACCUCACAUGUCCGGCCUUGCCUCCCGGGGUCCAAACGAGGGCUGGGGGCUUCAGAUGAGAGAGCCUGUGCCAAGCCUUGGGUGCCAGAACCAGCAGCAGCAUGGACCUGACGCUCCUAGGAAAGAGCACAGGUGUCAGGAGCCUGCGGUUGCCUCCGCCUCCUGGGUCAGCCCCCGUUGGCUCUGGGGAGACUUGCCACCGUCUGCAGGACCAAGGCUGCACGGCAGCUCACAGCUGCUCACCUAGUGCUCAGGACUGCCUCACCUAUGAAAGGUGUUCUCAAAUGCCCACGCUGGUCACUCCUGUCCUUUAGCUGGAGAGGCUCAGUCUGUCUCCUCCCACCCUGGUCCUGUGCCUGCAGCUCUAUGGCCCGGGGAAGCACUCCACACCUCACCGGGUCAGCUGAUGGGAAGCAUUCCAAGUGCAUGCCUUGCCUGGGCUCCUGAGCAUGUGUGUCGUUUUGCAAUAAACCCAUUUCUUGAAA